GUCUCUACCUAUCACCUGCAACCUCACUAUUAAUGUUGCCAGCACCCUUUAAAACUUUAUACCCAAAACAAAAGCAAAGCUAGACCCUCUCUCUCUCUCUCUCUCUCUCUCUAUACGGUACCAGACAUGGCUCCCGCAGCUUCGAAUCCUUUCGACGAUCACCACGGCACCACGAGCUCGACCACAGUCUGCGUAAUGGAUGCGUCAGGCCACCUCGGCUCGACCCUCGUCCAGCGCCUGGUUCAGACGGGAUACACAGUCCACGCCGCGCUUCAGAGCCAUGGGGAAUCCAAGUUGGGUUCGGUUUCUUGUGAGAAUAACAAGAGGCUGAAGAUUUUCCAUUUAGACCCAUUUGAUUACCAGAGCAUAGUUGAUGCUUUGAAGGGCUGUUCUGGCUUGUUCUACACUUUUGAACCUCCACAAGAUCAGCCCGACUAUGAUGAAUAUAUGGCAGAAGUAGAGGUGAGAGCUGCACACAACGUUCUAGAAGCAUGUGCCCGAACGGAAACCAUAGACAAGGUUGUGUUCACAUCAUCAGUCACCGCCGUCGUUUGGAGCAGUAACAAUAAAUCGACGGUCGCUGCUCCGCCGGAGUUGGACGAACGGCACUGGACUGACGUCAACUUCUGUCGCAAGUUCAAGCUGUGGCAUGCCCUAUCAAAAACCCUAGCAGAGAAGACAGCGUGGGCGUUGGCAAUGGAUAGGAGCUUGAAUAUGGUGUCUAUGAAUGCAGGGUUGAUGAUAAAUCCCGACUUGUCCAUCAGCAACCCGUACUUAAAGGGAGCGGCGGAGAUGUAUGAAGACGGCUUGCUCGUGACCGUCGAUAUAAAUUUCUUAGUGGAUGCCCAUAUUUGCGUCUUCGAAGACAUCACAGCCUACGGUCGAUACGUAUGUUUCAAUAAAUUCAUCACUCAGACGGGUGACGCUGUUGACCUUGCCCGGAAGUUGACCCCUUCUGCCCCGGCCUCGUUGCCCCAAAGCAAGGACCAGGAUAUGAGAAUCAUCCAAGAGAGAAUAAGCAACAAGAAGUUGAAUAAGUUGAUGGUGGGUUUCAAGAGUAAAUCUCAAAUGUGUUGAAGGAGGAUAUUGUUUGUAUGGCAUGGUGGAAGUUAAAAAAGCACCCCAUGCCAUUAAGAGAAUAACUGUGUCUGGUAUAUCCAUACAACAUGAUUAGUUAUAUAUAUUAGUAAUUAAUGUUCUUAUUGAUGUGGUUAAUUUCCUUGUUUUGGAUGUUGCACUAGUAAUUCAGAAGCCAAUCAAGGCGCUGCUGGUAUUGUAGCAUAA